AUGGAUAACUUUUUUUUUUCUUAUGAUAAUUAUAAUAAUAAAAACUAUAAAAUAAAAGAAUUAUUGUAUAGGAAAUUUAAAUUAAAUAAUGAUUAUAAAGUUGAGACCCUUAAAGAUAUAGAGCAGUUCAGUUUAAUCUUUUUAAAAAAUAUCCCUUAUUCAACAUUGGAUGCAACUGCAGGUCAAGAUGAAUAUAAUAUCGAUUAUACAAUAUCAUGUAUCGAAAAAGGAGGUAUAUGCACACAACUAAACAUACUUUUUGGAUUGUUUUUAAAAGAGGUAUUGGGUUUAAAAGUAUUUUUAAUGAAAUCGGUUGAAGUUUCAAAGCAUAAUAUUAUAAAAGAAUUUGGAUUACAUGUUCAUAACGUUUUUAUUUGGACCAAUGGUAAGAAAUUUCUUUAA